UCCCGGCAGAAGCCGAUCCGGGCGGACUUGAGCAGCCAUGCUUCCCGGGGUGGGCGUGUUCGGCACCAGCCUCACGGCCCGUGUCAUCAUCCCACUGCUGAAAGAUGAGGGUUUCGCGGUGAAGGCGCUGUGGGGCCGCACGCAGGAAGAAGCCGAGGAGCUGGCUAAGGAGAUGAGUGUCCCUUUCUAUACUAGCCGCAUCGACGAGGUGCUGCUGCACCAGGAUGUAGACUUGGUGUGCAUCAACCUGCCGCCGCCGCUCACCAGGCAGAUCGCUGUCAAAACCCUGGGCAUAGGCAAGAACGUCAUCUGUGACCGUACUGCCACACCACUAGAUGCCUUCCGCAUGAUGUCAGCAGCCCACUAUUACCCCAAGCUCAUGAGCAUCAUGGGCAACGUGCUGCGCUUCCUGCCUGCCUUCGUGCGCAUGAAGCAGCUGAUUGAGGAGGGCUAUGUGGGCGAGCUGCUGGUGUGUGAGGUGCAGGUGCACAGCGGCAGUCUGCUGGGCAAGAAAUACAACUGGAGCUGUGACGACCUGAUGGGCGGUGGCGGCCUGCACUCCGUGGGCACCUACAUCAUCGACCUGCUCACCUUCCUCACAGGCCAGAAGGCCGUUAAGGUUCACGGGCUGCUCAAGACCUUUGUAAAGCAGACAGACCACAUCAAGGGUAUCCGUCAGAUCACCAGCGAUGACUUCUGCACCUUCCAGAUGGUGCUGGAGGGUGGAGUGUGCUGCACCGUUACCCUGAACUUCAAUGUUCCUGGAGAGUUCAAGCAGGACGUGACUGUGGUGGGUUCUGCUGGGCGUCUCCUGGCAGUGGGCACUGACCUCUACGGGCAGCGCAAUAGUGCCCCGGAGCAGGAGCUGCUACUGCAAGACACUACAUCCGUGAGCAACUCCCUGCUGCCUGAGAAGGCAUUCAGCGACAUCCCCUCGCCCUAUCUGCGGGGCACCAUGAAGAUGAUGCAGGCAGUGCGCCAGGCCUUCCAGGAUCAGGAUGACCGGCGCACGUGGGACGGUCGGCCUCUUACCAUGGCUGCCACCUUUGACGACUGCCUGUAUGCUCUCUGCGUGGUAGACACCAUCAAGAGGUCCAGCCAGACUGGAGAGUGGCAGAACAUUGCCAUCAUGACAGAGGAGCCAGAGCUGAGCCCUGCCUAUCUGAUCAGUGAGGCCAUGCGCAGAAGCAGAAUGUCCCUCUACUGUUAGCACUGGGACCCAGCAGAUUCGACCUGCUGCGCGGGGCCAGUUAGGGGGAAAUGCACUGUGGAGGGUAGCCGUGGGUGGGGAUUGUGGGAGGGGCAGCAU